AUGUCGGCGCCGGACGAAUUCCGCACGCUCCCCCAUGGCGACCAAUUCCACCUGCUGAAGACGCUGCUGCGAAUCUGCGGAGUAUCGCUCUAUCCGAACGAGAAAUGGUCGUACAAGCUGUACUCGGCGUUCAUUCUCAGCCUGAAUCUCUACCCGUUCUUUCAGUACAUCGGCGCCCACAAGUACCUGGAGGACGGGUCGGAGGUCUUCGAGUUCUUCAUAUUUCAAACGGUGACGACUUUGAUUUUUAUUAAGGCCGUCGUUUUGUUGAACAAGAGAAGGUUUAUGGGAGAGAUCUUGGAACGGCUGCAGAGCGAGCCCUUUCUGCCUAACAGCGAGAGAGGCGGCGUGGAAGAGUUUGUUAUAAAACGGGAUUACAUUGUCCUAAUGGAUCGACAGGCCAUCAUGUACUGGGCGGUGGUGACCAUCACCGUGGUGUUCGCCCUCCUUGAUUCCAUAUACUGGCGCAUACGAAGCGACGACCACCACGACUGGAGAUUCGAGUACGGCCGCGUCACGAUGUUUAACACGACCUACAGUCCAAACUACGAAGUCGCAUCGUUCUACCAGAACUUGUCCUGGUUCCCGAUCGGUUGGACCUUCGCUACCUCCGACCUACUGACCGUGACCGUUUUGGCGCACAUAACGUGCCAGUUGAAGAUUUUGCAGACAUUCAUACGGAAAAUGAUCAAGAACAGCCGCAAUAGAAUGGAGCAGGACGUUAUACUUGGCGCCCGAGCAGGGACUGACGCCAGCGAAAUACCGUGGAAAUACCUACGACCGACUUUGAAAGAGGCGGUCACGUACCAUUUGGCCGUCUUCGACAUUGCCAACAAAAUCGAGGAAAACUUCAACCUGCUCGUGCUGCUCAUUGUGCUUUCGGGAAUUGUACUUAUCGGAUCCUUGCUGUACAAGCUGAACGGGAUAAUCUUGAUAAGUUACUGGGGUAACGAGGUCACUCUCGCAAGUCAAAAUGUACGUAACGCCUGUUACGAGGUGGAAUUCUAUGGGGCCGACGUGAGGUUCCAAAAAGGCAUCGUGCUGAUCAUGGAAAGAAGCAAAAAGCCGAUAACGUUCACGGCUGGAAAGUUUUCGGCAUUGACGCUCGGAACGUUCAUUUGGAUUGCUCGCACUUCGUACUCGUACCUGAUGAUACUUAGACGAGUGAACAACUGA